AUGGCGCUGCUGCACCACCGCGCGCAGGAGCCCCUCGGCGCCGACUACGCGCGCGCCGUCGCGCAGAUGAACCUCGCGGUCGGCUACCUCGCCCUUGGCGAGCUCGCGUUCGCGGAGCGGGCGCUGCAGGACGCCCUCGCGGGCGCCCGCACGGCGAAGGCCACGACGUUGGAAACAAUCGCGCUUGGGAAUCUCGGGGUCGUGGCGCUACGGAUGGGGAACAUGCACGCCGCGCAGGCGAGCCUCGAGCAGGCCCUUGAGCAGUGCAGCCUCGCCGGGGAUAAGAGCGGCGCGGCGAUCUGUCUCCUCCUGCUAGGGGAGAUUUAUCUCGGCAUCAACGACUACCCGCACGCGCUUUUUUACUUCGAGCACGCCCUGCGGCUUGGCGGGGAGUCCGAGAUUUCCGAUAUCGUCGCGGUCGCGCGCGUGAAUAUCGGCAUCACGAAGGGGAAUGCGGCGAUGCGAGGUUGCGUCGCGGGGCAUGCGCGCGCGAUGGGGCAUGAAAUUGAUAUUGAAACCAUUAUCAGUGUGCUUCCUCGCUAA